GAGGGCGGCGUGGACGCCAUUUUGUGAGGAGCUCGGAGUGAGGCGGCCGCGGAGAGAUAGUGAGCGUGACGCGGAGCUGUAUUGGGGUCUAGCGGGCAGCGAGGCGAAACCCCAUCCCUUCUCACUGGAGCUCAGCUUCGUUUUAACCCCCCCUCCCCACACACGCACACCUCCCAAUUUUAUAGAGCCAUUUUAACGGUGUCCCCGUGGCCUAGCGCUCCCUGCGCCAAACUGGAGCUGGAUUUAAGAUGUAAUUUUUAAAGUCUCUAUCUCUAUUUUUUUCUGCAGCAGCUGGGGUAGAUGAGGAGCCUUUUCGCCCCUCAUGAGCUGACCUCUCGGGUAUUUUUAGAGUGAAAUGAUGAUGUGCAAAGGGCUGUGAUUGUCUCCUACCGAGAGCUCUCCCCAGGCGGUUCUGUGGUAACCGUGGCUGGAACAGAGAGAGAGAGGGAGAGAACAGAAAUGAUCGUUGCUGACUUGACCUUUUGGCACCUCCCGUUUUUCUAAUCUGGGCUAUUUUUAUUUUUGUUUUUUUACAGUGAGAUUUUUUUGAUCUUCAGCUACAGUAAGUUAUUCCAAUUUUUUUUUCCAUUUUUCCUGCCUUUCCACUGAUUUCCUUUUUAUUGUUGUUGCUAGUUACUAUUACUAUUAUACUACUAUAAUGCUGAUGACUUGACUAUGCUGAUAUGUUGCUGAUGGUGAUGAUAAUGACACUGCUGAUUUUUAACCGGAUGAAAUCGAGUUUUUCUGAGUGUUCCUGACUGUGGAAGGUUUUUAAAUUUUUAAAGUGGAUUGAUCACGCUAACUCUUUUUUUUCCCCCCUGACUGCCUGGCUGCUGAGAGCGGGACCUGGUUUCUCCUGAAUUGUUUUAGAACAUCUCUGGAAGUCUGUAUUUUUUUUAUUUUUUUAUUUUUUAUUUUUUAUUUUUAAUCUUUCAUUUGUACAAUUUUUAAACUGUUGCUGCAAUAUGAUGUCUGUGGUGCUGAUCGCUCCUGAUAGCAAUGGCCCUUCCCCAAACAGCCCCUCUCCUCCUUUGACCCCCAAACCCUCCUCCUGCUCUUCCUCUACACCGUCCUUCCCUCACAAACAACCCACCACAACGACAUGGAAACCCAGCCUGGAGCAGCAGCGGCAGCUGGUGGUACCACGUGCGGCGCAGAUACAAACCCAUCCUGGGCCAUGCAGGUCCGUGCUGCGCGUGAGCCAUGGCCAGCAACGUCACCAACAAGACAGACCCGCGCUCCAUGAACUCGCGCGUAUUCAUCGGGAAUCUCAACACGCUGGUGGUGAAGAAGUCUGACGUGGAGGCUAUCUUCUCCAAGUACGGCAAAAUUGUGGGCUGCUCUGUGCACAAGGGCUUUGCCUUCGUGCAGUACGUCAACGAGCGGAAUGCCCGCGCUGCUGUGGCUGGGGAGGAUGGUCGGAUGAUCGCAGGCCAGGUUCUAGAUAUCAACCUGGCGGCUGAGCCGAAGGUGAACCGGGGCAAGGCAGGCGUGAAGCGGUCGGCAGCAGAGAUGUACGGGUCAGUAGCUGCACCACCUUCUCCGUCCCCUCUAGUCAGGUCCUCCUUUGACCUGGACUAUGAUUUCCAGCGGGAUUACUAUGACAGGAUGUACAGCUACCCAGCACGUGUGCCCCCACCUCCCCCCAUCGCCCGGGCUGUGGUGCCCUCCAAACGCCAGCGUGUCUCUGGCAACACCUCCCGCCGAGGCAAGAGUGGCUUUAAUUCCAAGAGUGGUCAGCGAGGAUCAUCCUCCAAGUCUGGUAAAUUGAAAGGUGAUGACAUCCAGACCAUUAAGAAGGAGCUGACCCAGAUCAAACAGAAAGUGGAUUCGCUGCUGGAGAGCCUGGAAAAGAUCGAGAAGGAUCAAAGUAAACAAACGGAGAUGAAGAACGAGAAGUCUGAGGAGGAGCAGAGCAGCAGCUCCAUGAAGAAGGAGGAGAGCAACGUGAAGAUGGAGUCUGAGGCUGGGGCAGAUGACUCUGCUGAGGAGGGGGACCUGCUGGACGAUGAUGAUAAUGAAGAUCGAGGGGAUGACCAGCUGGAAUCCAUCAAGGGUGACGAGAAGGAGGCGGAGGAAGGAGAGGACGACCGAGACAGUGCCAAUGGUGAAGAUGACUCCUAAGCCACUGGUGCAACCCCCCCAGCAAGGUGCCCACCUGAGAUUGAGCCUGUCACCGGCCCCUCUCCAGCCUCCUUCUCACUGCCCGCCCACGUGUUCAUGGUGUUGUCUCCCGCCACGCCCUUGGCUCGCCCCAUAGUUCUGUUAAAUCCCCUGUAAUUUUCCUCUUUUAAUUUUGAUACCUUUAUGAUUUAACAAUAAAAAAAAGUAUGGUUUUUA